GUCAAGCUCCCGGACUCGCAAUGGCAUCACCGGCAACACACAAGCCGCGCAGGAGGAGGAAGAUCGAAGAGGGCUCCCUUGCCCAUGUCAAUCAUGGGACACUCGAUUUUGACGAGAGCACGAAUGCACGCAAGCCUGCAUUUCCUCUGGUCGCAUUUCUCUGGCCAGCCAAGGGCACCGUGUCGCUAUGGGUCACGAUACCUCUCAUCCUGAUGGCCGUUGGUCUUUUCCGAUGGGCUGUCAGUCUAUGGGGCUACUCUGGCUACCAGUCGCCGCCUAUGCAUGGAGACUUUGAGGCUCAGCGACACUGGAUGGAAAUCACAAAACAUCUGCCUGUGUCGCAGUGGUACUUUUACGACCUGCAGUGGUGGGGGUUGGAUUACCCUCCUCUCACAGCGUACCAUAGUUGGCUGUUGGGCGUAAUUGGUUCUGCCAUCGACCCUGAAUGGUUCGCUCUCGACAAGUCACGCGCCCUCGAUGACCCCAACCUCAAAAUCUACAUGCGAGCAACCGUCUUCGUCUCCGAGUACCUUACCUACGUCCCAGCGCUCAUUGUCUUCCUGCGUCGGUAUGCAAAGUCAGAAGGCGUCAAUGUCUGGGAGGGGUCGAUCGCGCUGAUCGCCAUACUUUUGCAGCCUGGCACCAUCUUGAUCGAUCACGGGCACUUCCAAUACAACACAGUGAUGCUUGGCUUUGCCGUUGCAACGAUAUCGAGCAUGGUCGCUGGCCGGCCGUUGUGGGGUUGCGUCUUCUUUGUUGGCGCGCUGGGGUUCAAGCAGAUGGCCCUCUUCUACGCCCCUGCCGUCUUUGCGUACCUCUUGGGAAUCUGUGUCUUCCCUAGGAUCAACAUUGUACGAUUCUUCUCGAUCGCACUGGUGACGAUUGCAGCUUUCGCCGUGCUGUAUGUACCCUUCUUGAUGGGUGUUGCCUACGACAUCUACAAGGGCCAGUCAGACACAGAUCUUCCUAGACCUCCACUCAUGGAGUCGAUACCAAUCCGCUGGAACAGGAAUGCGUGGUACUACCCGAUCGUCUUGCAGAUGACACAGUCGAUUCACCGAAUAUUUCCGUUCUCCCGCGGUCUGUUUGAGGACAAGGUUGCCAACAUUUGGUGCACCAUCCACACCUUCCACAAACUCCACCGCUACCCGCAGCAGCUUCUUCAGCGCGCAGCUCUCCUCGCUACCUCUGCGGCAAUCCUACCACCAUGCCUGAUUAUCUUCUUCAAGCCGAAGAAACAGCUUCUGCCUCUUACGUUUGCAGUCGUCUCCUGGGGGUUUUUCCUGUGCUCGUACCAGGUGCACGAGAAGAACGUCCUUCUGCCGCUCUUGCCGAUGACUCUCUUGUUGGGCGGACAGGACGGUUUGCUACCAUCGACUCGCGCCUGGGUGGGCCUUGCCAAUAUGCUCGGUAUCUGGACUAUGUUCCCUCUUCUGAAGCGAGACGAGCUUCGAGUACCAUAUUUUGUCAUCACGCUUCUUUGGGCGUAUCUCUUGGGUCUUCCACCGGUCUCCUUUUCUGCGUAUGCUGAAGGCAGCAAGAACGGCCUGACUCUGCUCAGCAAGAUCAUCCACCUCAACGUCUACCUGGCAAUGGCGGGCUGGCACGUUGCGGAGGCUUUCUACCCGCCGCCAGCCAACAAGCCAGACUUGUGGGUCGUUGCAAACGCCAUUGUUGGCACAGGAGGCUUUGGUCUCUGCUACCUGUGGUGUCUAUGGCAUCUCGCCACUAAGAGCGAGAUUCUUGGAAAUGCAAAGAGCAAGACCCAGUAGUCUGUCUGAUAUCAUUGAAAUGAACAAGAUACCCAAGCAUCAGGGGGGAAGAUUUAGGUUGUACAUUGUAUAUAUACAGCGAAUGUUCAAUGCUGGAUGCCAUCGUGCUGUGUGUUGUACAGUGCUUUACAAUUCGUUGUGGUACACCCCGUUGGCUGCCCUAGAUCUUGAACCCGUAGCCGGCCAUG